UUUUCUAACUCUGCGUCUCUCUAUACAUCAUCUUGAAAGAACUGUGUUGAUCGGUUAUUAUCAGAUCGGUUACAGUCAGCAACUCUACUUCUACUGCGUUGAUCGACGUCAUCCGCCCGGCCUCUUCGGCAGCCAAAAACACCUCGGCGAAGAGCAUCUUGACUUCUUCUUCUUGCCAGUCAAUAUGGGGGUUGUUUUACCGCGGCGAGAUUGUUACGGGGAUGGUUGGACCGGCAGCUUACGCUGCGGCGAUAGGAAUACCUGGUAUGACUGGGGUCGUUGGGUUGCUUUUGCUGUCAUUGUUGCUGUAGCUUUGAUCAUUUUCUUUCUUCUGGCAUGCGUCAACGCCCGUCGCCGUCGCCGGCGUGGUCUCCCGCCGCAUGUUGGCACCAGCUGGAUGGCUCCGCCGCCUGGUCCUCCUCCUCCCAAUCAGCCUUAUUAUGGGGAUGUGUAUUAUCCGUCGCAACCGCCUCCGCAGUAUUCGCCGCCGAAUCCGCAAACAUACGGGUACUUUGGCGGGCAACCGAAUGGGAUUGAACUGCAGCCACCACCGAAUGUAUACCAGCAGCCCGGACCUGGACAGCCGGCCUAUUCGCCCCCACCGGGUCCUCCACCGGCUGGAAAGGCGUAAAGAUACGAAGUAUGCAGAUUAAACGAACGGCAGCAUUGAUAGUCCAUGGAUCGACCGGAACCAGGCGUUAUGAGGGAUUCUUAUUUUGUUUCAAUAUAUGCAGGAGAUCUUCUGCUAUGUAUUUUCUUUGUUUCAUUGUUUUUUCCAUGUAUACCAAGCGCUGCAUGAUCUACCGUAAUGAUGGUCAGGGCUUGUCUCGGAGUCGAGGCUGUACUCUGUACCAAUGCUAGGAUACCAAUUCAUAACAUAUCUUAAUUCUAUGAAAUUUCUAC